AUGCCCGUCAUUUCACGCCUCGUGUCUAUCAUCCUCCGCGUUGCGGAGAUUGCCUUUGCAGCUGUCGUCGCAGGUGUCAUCGGACACUACCUUGCCCAGGUUAACCACAGCGGCACAGAUAUUGACUGGUGGCCUCAGUCGCGAUGGAUCUAUACUGAAGUAAUCGCCGGUUUAUCGAUACUGCUGGGCCUCAUAUGGCUGAUCCCGUUCGCGUCGGGAUUCUUCUCCUGGCCUCUGGACAUCCUGAUUUCGUUUGCUUGGUUUGCUGCAUUCGGUGUCCUCGUCGACACCAUCCGCCGCCUGCCCUGCGGCAGCAUCUGGUCCUGGCACUUUAGAGGGGACCAGACGUGUGGUCGCUGGAAGGCAGCUGAGGCUUUCAGCUUCCUUUCUGCUAUUAUCUGGCUUGCUUCUGGUAUCGUGGGGAUCUGGUUCACCUUCCGUGUUCGCCAAAGCACCUCUGACGGAGUUCGCCGCCGCCGCUGGGGUCGCUCCACCGUCUAG